AUGCCUGAGACCCCGAGAUCAGACCCCCCCAUAGCACCCAAACACCUGAACUCCCUAUCUAGGACCCCCCCCCAACGGCCCCUGGGCAGUGCCCUGAGCACCCGCUUCGGCGCCCGCCCCGUGGCCAUGGCUGGGGGGUUCCUCUCGGGCCUGGGGCUCUUCCUGGGGGCCUUCGCCACCCACAUGACCCACCUCUACCUCAGCGUGGGGUUGCUGGCGGGCCUGGGCUGGGCAUUGGUCUUCACGCCCUCCCUGGGGACCGUGGGUCGCUACUUCCCGGCACAGCGGGCGCUGGCCACCGGACUGGUGGUGUCGGGCGCCAGCAUCUCGGGACUGGCCCUGGGGCCGCUGGUCCCGCUGCUGCUGGACACCUACGGCUGGCGGGGGGCCCUGCUCCUCCUGGCCGCCAUCUCCUUCAACCUGGUGGCCGCUGGGGCUCUUCUCCGGCCCCUGCCCGUCCCCGGCGAGACCCCGGGGCCACCGCGGGACCGGCCGGGGCUGAUGCGGCUGCUGCGGCAGGGGCCCUUCAUCCGCUACGCCUUGGCCUUCGUGUUGGUGGACGCCGGCUACUAUGUGCCCUUUGUCCACGGGGAAGCCCGCGCCCACGAGGUGGGGUGUGACGAGCACCACGCCGGGCUGGUGAUGGCAGCGAUGGCAGCGGUUGACGGGGGAGGCCGGGUUGCUGCUGGCUGGUUGGCUGCCCGGCCGGCCACCCCCCUGCUCCGUCAUCUCUUCGCCUGGGCCGUGCUGACGGGGUUGGUGUUGCUGCUCCUGCCCUUGGGGACUUCCUUCGGGGGUCUCCUGGCCUUGGCCUCGGCCUACGGGUUCUGCGCCGGAGCCGUCGUGCCCCUCCAGUUUGCCGGCGUGGCCGAGGUGGUUGGCGCCGGGCGGUUGGUCCAUGCCAUCGGCCUCAUGCAGAUGUUCGAGAGCUUUGGGUCUCUGCUGGGGCCACCCUUUGCCGGUUGGCUGCGGGACAUGACCGGGAACUACACCAUCUCUUUCCUUGCUGCCGGUGCCUUCCUCCUGGCCGGGAGCCUCCUCAUCCUCACCCUCCCCGGCUUCUUCCACGCUUCCCAGGGUGCCGGCGGCAAAGAGGGGAGUCCUGCCCUGGCCCCCACUGGCCCCGAGACCCCCUGCCGAUCCGCUCUAGAACCAGCCAUGUAA